AUGUCAUUACUGUAUAUGAUUCUAGAUAGCACAAAGAAUUACUCGUAUAUGAUUUUCUUACUUGUUGAUAUUCUUUUAUGUAUAUAUAUUGUGUUCAGUUUAUACUGUGAAAAAAAUGCAGGCAUAAAAAUUUCUGUUGAAUGGAUGAUAUAUAUGAUAACAUUAAGUCUAAAGUUAACAAUAUUUUGUUUUUUUAUUAAAGAAGAAAAAAAAAAUGAAAUGAAUAGUAUGUUUUUUACCUACUUAAGUAAUGAUGUGUUGGCUUAUAAUUUAAUUUAUAUAACACCUUUUAUAUACUUACUUUUUUCCUUAAGAAGUCGAAAUAUUUUGGAAGACAUAUUAAAUAAUAAAAUAAUAAUUGAAAAUAUACUAAGUAUUGAUGUGAACAUAAUUAAUUUGUUCGAUUUAAUUGAUCUUACUUUUAUGUAUUCACACGUAACAAGUAUAUACAAAUCCUUACCUGAUUCAGACUCUUAUUAUAAUUUUCAAAAGAAAAAAUCUUUUUUAAUGCUAAUUUUUGUAAUUGUUUCUAUGCUCUUAUUUGGAUUCUACUUUCCCAUAUACACGAAUAUCGAAAAAACAUAUACCUGCGAUGAUGACGUUGAUUUGUAUAUUCAGAAUGAAGGGGCCAGUGGAAAAAUAAAAAAAAAAAAAGAAAAAAAAGAAGAAGCAGAGAAGAGGGAGAUGCAGAAGGGGGAAGUAAAUGGUGUGGCGAACGGUAUAGCGAGUUACAUACCGAACGGUACUUCUAAUACUCACCGUAUGAAUUAUGAAGUAAAGGACUAUGUUAAACAUGCCCAUGACAAGGAAAGUUCAACUUUUGAUUCUAAUACUGUUACUCUUCAUGAUAGUACCAAAUUGCAUAGCAAAAUGAAUGUGCACAGUUUUAAUAAGUCAAACGGAAAGACAUAUAGAAGAGAUGCCUUAAAUAAGAUUGAUGAUGAUAAAGACGAAUAUCUACAUGGAAAUCUACAUGGAAAUCUAAAUGGCACAGUUAGAAUGGAUGUGCGUAAUAAAGCCUCCUCUUCCUUAGAAUCUUUAGACUCUAAAAGAUGGACAUAUGCAUCAUCUCAAAUAACAUCAAACAAGUUGUUAGAUAGAAAAAUUUCUUCAUCAUCUUCUUUGUCAUCUUCUCAUUCAUGUUCUACUAUAUCGUCGACUACAUCUUCUUUAGCAUCAUCUUCAGUUCCAUCCUCUACUUAUCACUGCGCAUACUCUUCAGCACCUGAAUCCUUUUACGCACCAUCCUUUACCUCUUUUACUUCUAUCACUACUAAGAAUCAUAAUAAUAAGAUGAAAAAAUCUUAUCACCACAAGUAUAAGGAUGUGUACACAGAUGUUUAUAUCACGGCCAAGUUUCACUUUAUUGUGGGGUUUCUCUUAAUAGACAUCCCCUUUUUCGUAUAUAGGCUCCUGUUCUGCAUCAAGUACAAGGUACUGCUCAGCCUCAUCGUGAAGAAUAUUUUAUUUUUACUUUUUCGAUCGUAUAAAUUAAACGAAUAUAGACUUAUAGAAAAGGAGAAGUAUAAAAAAAAUAAAAGCAACCUUGAUUUUCAUUUCUAUAAUAUUUUAAAUUUUGAUAGCGAGUCAACUGGCUACAGAAAAGGGGAAAAUUCAGAAAAUUUUAAAAAUUCAAAAUGUGAUAAGAAAGAAAAAAAAAAAAAAAGAAAAAGAAAAGAAAAAGAAAAAGAAAAAGAACAUGAAAAUGAAAAUGAAAAUGAAAAAAAGAAGGCACUAUUAUCCUUUGGAAGACGUACGAUAAGUCAUAGUAGCGAGGAGCAUGAUUUAUAUCUGAAGAGGAAAUACCAGAAUUUUUUCCGCGUAUUGAAAAAUAAAGAUUCUAAUGAUAUCAGCAAUGAGAAAAGUAAGAAAGAACUUGGUCUCAAGAAGAUAAAGGAAAAAAUUAAAAAAAAAAAAACAAAAAGAAAAAAAGAAAAUGAAGUACUAUACAUAUUUAAGGAAGAAUUUAAGGAGUAUAAAAAAAAAAUAAUUUUAGAAAGGAACUCCAAUGGCGAUUCUCUCCUCAACAAUAAUCUGUUCUUGAACAACGAAAAUGAAAAAAGCCCGCAUGAUGAGCGAGUUAACGAGGAAAACAUAACGCACAGUAGCGGAUGGCUCAAUGAGGACAAGCGGGCGAAGGGGAACAAGACAGGAAUAAAACUAACCUGGAAAGAAAGAAUAAGGCUACGAAGAGAGUACCGCAAAUUUGUCAAUUUAAUAUAUAAACUAAAAUAUAAAAGAGAGAUUCCUAUUUACCACUUUAAAAUACGAGAUCACAUUUCAGCCUUGUGUAAUUUUUUAUUCAAAAAAUUGAACUGUUCGAAUUUUGUAUAUUUUGAUGAUAAGUUGAUAUUUUCUUAUAUUACAAAUUUUCGAUUUAUGUUUAUAAUACUACUGGAUUAUUUUUUAAAAAUUGGUAUCACUGUAUUUUUUAUUUUUAUAUUAUUAAGUCAUCAUGUAUUUGUAAAUGAUCAGAAUUUAAUUUAUAUGAAUAAUAUUCCGAUGAAAAACAGUUCAGAUAAUGUUUUGUCCUUUCCUGGUAGUUUUGAUUUAACUAAUUACCCAGAUAUGAUAUUACCGCCUCAUACCAUAGAUAUUAAUUAUAUUAAUAGAGAUACAGAAAGUGUAAUUAGCUCUUCUACUUAUAAUAAUAAUAAAAACUUAACUAAAGGAUAUAUUGAUAUAGAUUUACCUAAUAACAUAUUUAAACUAAAAUGGGAAGAAAUAUUCAUUGUUGACAAAAUUUAUUUUUAUGCAUGUAUUGCAUAUUUUAUUAUGCAUUUUCUUAUAUUUAUUAAAACAUCUACUUUUUUUGAUAUCUUAUACGUAUCCAUAUUUAAUGCUAUAAGUCAUUUAUCUUUUUAUUUUUCUUUGAAACAAUUUAUUUUGUUCUUUUACACCUUCAAUGGAAAUAUAUAUAACAAAGAUUAUAUUUAUUAUAAACAGAAUAUAAGGAAGUUGAAUUACCAUUUUGAGUAUUACUAUCUCAUCCUUUUCAAUGCUCAUUGUUUUAUAUCUAUUCUCAAGCAUUUUUCCUUAUUUUCCAGAAUUCUUUUCAAUUUCAAAUACGUGUACUACUACAGGAACCACAGAAGGGCUGGAGAGAGCAGGAAGGAUGAGCUGAGGUACUCAGUCAGCGUGUACAUUUUGUUCCUUUUGUGUAAGUACUCGUAUGCCCCGAUAAACUUAAACAUCUUGCUAUUCGGAAAGAACACACUAAGCAAUAUCCUGUUGAUAGACAAUAUAAACAGUUUCACUUGGGUCAACAUAUUAGUUAUUAUAUUAUUUAAAAGUAUACAAAUUUUAAUAACAAAAGCAAACUACUUUUUAAUAGGAUUAUUUAUUUUACACAUUAUUUUAUAUGUAAUAUAUGCUGUCCAUGCGCAAAUUCUACGAUAUAUAAUUCUUAGAAAAAUUGAGAUCCUGUUUUCUUUUAAAAAUAUACUCAUAUCAAAAUAUGAAGAAAUUCCACUUGUUCCUGAGAAAUACUCCCCUUACAUAACUUGCAGGGAUAUACUAAAAUAUUACGCGGAAGAAGGUUUCUUCUCCUCGGAAAGUAAUAUUAUUCCGAAUUUUAUAUGA